UCUUUCUUUAGUCUCAGUUAUAACAAGACGGUAUCAACUGCCUUUUACUUUCAAUUUUCAUUCACGUUAUUAUCUUUCCGCUUUCCCAGAUCAAAAUUGAAAAACCAUGUUGAUCUCUCAAACUCAAACUGAGCUUGGUGCUUCAGCUACUCCUCCAGUAACUCCACCACCAUCCCAACAAAGCUUUGCACUCUCACUUUCACAGAGAAUGCAAAAGGACACUUGCUUCCAUUGCCGUCAGCAAGGCCACUGGGCCAGAGAUUGCCCCCUCAAGAAAUCUCAGCCCUCCACCUCUUUCUCCAACGGUCUUGAUCUCCCCCUCUUUCGCUGCCCAUGUGGCCUCGGAUUCUGUCUUGUUCGGGUUUCCCAUUCCGACAAGAACCCCGGCAGAAAGUUUUUCACUUGCCCUGGCAUUAACGGUAAUAAAUGUGGGUUUUUUAUUAAGUGGUGUGACGAAGUGACAACGGGUGAAACUAGCAAGUCUCCUCCUGAGUGUGUGUAUCCGUAUCCUAAGUGUUCAUGUGAAGCCGGAGUCUGUAAAAGAAUUAUGCUGAAUAGGAGCCCAAAUGCGGGUCGAACCUGCUUUGUCUGUCGAGUCCCAAGGGGUUUUGGAGCUUGUUGUUUCCUCCAAUGGGAGGAUACUCAAGAAAUUACCACAGUGAAUGAUAUUGCAGAUGAAAGCAAACAUGAAAUAUAUGCAAAGACUACUUUGAGAAAACGUCCAUUUGAUAUUGACUUGGGUGAUUCAAGUAUUGAGAAUCCAAAAAGGAUGAAGUUUGAUUCACUGGAGAUGGAAAGUCCUCAACAUUUCCCAACUGUCGCGCAUGCACGUGAACUUUUUGGGAAAGAACAAGAACCCCUCAUGGAGAGGGGGGAAUGUGAUGAAAGCUCAGAUAAAACUCCCUCAAAGGGUAUUGAGUCCUCUUCAAAUCUGCAAGGCCUAGUUAUGCUGGAGGCUGAGUCGAGGAGUCCCAUUAUGAAGAAAUCACUGGUAAUUUCCCAUCUACGGUCUCCGUCUCAGAUUUGUCGCCGACAGGCAGAGUUCUGGAGGCAGAUUACUGCUGCUGGAGACACAUCUACUGCAGAUCGUAGCAAUCAAAUCUUAGGUCUUCAUAUUACAGGUUGGCUAGGCCGGCUUGCUUUCCCUCCUCCUAGAUGUUUAUCAGUUCUCCUACCACGGUGUUUCUUUUGCUGUGUUUUCCCUUCAUUUGAUCCCAUGUUCGUUCCUCAAGAUAAAAAUGUGUCUAAUUAUGAAUGCUUUAGUUACCUGCCUCAUAGUCCUUUAAUUGUUGAAUUUGAUGAGCCAUCAUCACAAAUAUCCGGUCAGGAUGCUCAGGCUUUGUGUGAUGUUUCUCUGGAAAUGCCAAUUGCCAAGAGUCCUCCUGCUAUGUCAGAAAGCAGUAUAACAACGUUAAACAUGGAGGUUCUUGAGCAGACAGUGUUGGAUGUCCAAAAUAUGUUUCUUGCCCAUCUAGAGUCCAUGGCACAGGAAGCGGAAUCAACUUUUAAUGUUUUGGAUAUUCUAUUAGUCAAUCAUGCACCUUUUCAUGAGCUAGUGAAGAAAUUCAUUGUCUGUGCAUCAUCACUAGCUGACAAAGAAAAGUCAGUCAACCAGGAACAAUCUUUGCAAUCAUUGAUUGAACGGUAUCAUAGUGAGAAAGUUAGAUAUGAUGAUAUUUCUUGCAUCCAUGCUGAGACAGAAACUGCUUUAACAGCCUCCAAUCGUCACCUUGUAUCACUUCGUGAAGAGGCUUCCUGUGUCAAAGAUUUGCUUCUUCGAAUUGAGAAUCAGUUGUCCAGUUGUGAGGCUGAGACAAAGGAGCUAGAGACUCGUUUGGGCAAGAUUUCUAGGAAUAUGUUGGAGUCCCAAAAGAGUUUGCAGGCUGCAUAUGGGGAAGCAGAAGAGGCACUGAAGCUUCAUCAACUGAAAUUCUGUCAGCAGAGGGAGCAAAUGCAAAAUGCAAUCAUGGCAGGGCUAGAGUUAGUAAGAAGGGAUUAAAGAAACAAAACAAUCUUACAAAGGGUCUUCUGGACCACCAAAAACAGGGGAAACAAUCCACACACAUACACAAAAACCACAGCAUUGAGUCUGAGACAGAGCAACACUAACAAAGUCAGCAAAAUCGAAGUGAGCAUCAACUUAUCCUUGCAUCU